AUGCCGUGCCAUACCAGCCAACAAACCGACUUGAAGGGAUUCUCCUGUCUAAGUUGCCGUCAGCGAAAAGUCAAAUGUGACAGGCGAACUCCGUGUCUGAACUGCGUUAAAGCGGAGAGGCAAUGCAGCUUCGUUGCCCCGGUACGUGGCAAGAGGAAGCGGACGAAGCCUCCGCGAGAGACGCUCCAUGCGCGGGUGAAACGAUAUGAGGAGAUGCUCAAGGCAUAUGGCGCCAAGAUUGAGCCUUGUGAUGAUGACUCUGAUAUGUCUGAAACCGAAACAGAGCCUCAAAGUAUUACACCAGAGUCGAGUGGAAGCAUGUCGGCGAUGAGGAUGCAGGGGUGUUGCAUAAUGCCUGAAGAUAUUAAACCAAAGUUUAUCAUCAAGGAGGGAGCAUCGAGAUACUUUGAUAGUGCCCUCUGGUCCAAUUUGUCAGACGAUUUUCAGCAUCCGGAAUCUACCAAUUUCAACGACGUGGGAGAGGCCGUUCCUGUCGAGCAAGACAACCACAUCGAUGAAGGCGGAUUAUUCUUCGAACAGGAGCACACUGACAAGAUUGAAAACCUUUCAAAGCUGCACGCUACUCCGCAACUGCUCUCAAAAUUAAAAGAGAUUUACGCGGAUCGGGUGGAUCCUAUGAUGAAAAUCCUGCAUCUUCCCACGUUUUGGGUCUCCGUGACGAAUGCGCUUCGACACCCUGACAACAUACCAAAAAGUUUGGAGUCGCUCAUCUUUGCGUUUUAUCUGGUGACAAUCAGCUCGUUGAAGGAAGAUGAAUGUCAGAAUCUGUUUGGAUUGUCGUUGACGACCAUUAUGUCUCGGUAUCGCGUUGCAACUCGACAAGCCUUGAUCAAUGCCAGGUUUGUGUCUACAUCGAAUCUGAUGACGCUGCAAGCAUUUAGUAUCUUUACGGUUUGUGUCAGGAACACGUAUCGAUGCGACACUCUCUACAUCCUAUCAGGCGUGGCCAUCCGCCUUGCUCGCAAAAUGGGCCUUCACCGAGACGGCACAUUUCUCGGCCUCUCUCCCUUUGAAACAGAAAUGCGAAGGCGCCUCUGGUGGCAUCUUGCCCAUGUCGACUGUCGCACAGCUGAUGUGAUGGGCACCAAGCCAUCUCCAGAAAUAUCCAACGGCGAUACACAAAAGCCCAUCAACGUGGACGAUGAAGAACUCCUCCCAGACAUGAAGAAACUGCCAAGCGAGCGCAACGGUAUCACUGGAAUUUCUCUUUGCCUGCUCAAAUGCGAGAUUAUGGAGACUUUGUGCAAGUUUGCAGACCCGUAUCCGACUGAUUUGCGCUGGGAGAUGCUGUAUAACCCCGAUAUUUCAGUCGCCAGAAAGGACAGCCUCAUAGACGCCGUUGAGGAUCACCUGGAAAAGAAGUACUUGCGGUACUGCGACCUUGCGAAUUCGCUGCACACCUUUAUUUCUGUUAUGAUCCGAUCAGCAGUAUGUAAGAUGAGGCUUUUUGCUCAUAAUAUUCGGCAAUUCGCUCAUCAUUCCGCGAAAGCCACUCAGAAAGACCACGAUGUAGCAUUUUUCAACGCCAUGAAACUGUUGGAAUAUGCGAAUCUGAUACAAGGAGGCCACAUGGGUGUGGACAAGUACAUGUGGCAAAUCGGCACUAGUUACCUAUGGAACACAAUGCUCUACCUUCUCAUCGAAGUUCGCUGCCGCAAAACGGGGCCCGACGUCGAAAGAGCGUGGCAGCUGAUUGCAAUCGUCUUUACGCGCUGCCCUCAGGUGUUGGAGGAAUUCACCGGGUCCGUCUAUGUGGCACUGGGCAAGUGGACGCUCGAGGUUUGGGAUAGUUACAUGGCAGCUUCGAAAGCCGAGGGCCUUCCAGAGCCAGUGACGCCCGACUAUAUCAACGAGAUCAGGGAGUGGCAGAGGCUCAAGGCGGAAUCUGAAGCCGUGGCGAAGAGUGACAAGGCGGAAGCGAGGCCCGUUACUCGGCAUUCGGUUGGCAUCGAGAAAUUCUCGUAUGCAGACUAUCUUGAUACCGGGUUUUCGGAAUCGCAGUAUUUUCCAAAUUUAUUCUCUUUUGAGACUGAUCCGAAUCAAUGGUUGCAGUGGGAGCAAAUGGUGGCGGAACAAGGGUUUCCGAACUGA